AUGGAAAGGUUUGAUGGUCUUCAAACCUUUGUUGGUGAGAGGUUUGAUACUUUGGAACUGCAAGUAAAUAUGCGCUUCAAUGAAAUGGAGUCAAGAAUGACUAAGGUUGAAAAAGAUGUAUCUUACAUCCGUAUUAGCGAAGCUGCAUAUGAAUCAAGUGUUGCAGCCAAGGCACAACUUGAGGUAGCCAAAGCUAGAUAUACAGCAUAUGUUUCAGAUUUAAUAGUUGUGAAAGAGGAGCUGGAAGCAUUGCACAACGAAUAUGCUUCCUUAGUGACUGAUAUAGAUGUAGCUAUUAUGAAAGCUGAAGAGGUUGUUACUACAUCAAAGGAAGUAGAGAAGUCUGUUGAAGAUUUAAUUGUUGAACUAAUUGCUGCAAAAGAGUCAUUGGAGACUACACAUGAUGCGCAUUUGGAAGAAGAGGAACAAAUAAUAGGAAUAGUCAUGGCAAGAGAUCAAGAUUCUCUCAAUUGGGAGAAGGAACUUAAAUUGGCAGAAGAAGAGCUCCAGAGACUCAACCAGCGAAUUUCAUCUGCAAAGGAACUCAAAUCUAAACUGGAAACAGCCUCUGCUUUGCUGAUUGAUUUGAAAGCUGAAUUAACUGCUUAUAUGAAAUCAAAGUUAAAGCAACAAAGAGGCCCAGAAGAACCAGAGAUAAAGACACACACUAACAUACGAGAAGUAGUGGCAUCAGCUGGAAAGGAACUUGAGGAAGUAAAUCUUAACAUAGAGAAAGCAACUGCUGAGAUUAAUAUCUUGAAGGUAGUUGCUACAUCAUUAAAAUUGGAACUUGAACAACAAAAAACAACUCUUGCCUCCAUUAGGCAAAGAGAAGGAAUGGCCUCUGUUGCUGUGGCAUCUUUGGAAGCUGAAUUGGAAAAGACCAGAUCAAAAAUAGGUUUAGUUCAGAUGAAGGAGAAAGAAGCUAAAGAGAAAAUGACCAAGCUUCCCAAGAAACUACAACUAACAGUUGAAGAGACUAAUCAAGGAAAAAGCAUAGCUACAGAAAGUAAAGGCAGAAGCAGAGCAAGCCAAGGCUGGAGUAAGUACCUUGGAAAGUAG